AGAGAGAGGGUCCAAAUGCCACAACAAGUCUACUAGAUAAGUCAUCUUUACUUCUCAUCGACUCCAUCUUUGCCUUGGAUCUUGAACUAGUGAGACGCAGCAGCUCAGAAGUAAGAACCAACAAGGAGACAGCUCAAGAAAAGAAAUUAUGCACAACAGAGGCCAAGAUCUCCCACCUCCCAGAUUCCUUCAAAUUAAGCAGGAUGACAAAUUUUUCUCAAGGCUGUUGUCCAAAGAAAGCUCUAAAGGUGAAGAAGCCUCUUUCAGGGUCCUGUACUACGGAGGAAACUCAGGUUCGAUCCCCUUCACGUGGGAAUCUCAGCCAGGCACCCCAAAACACACAUUUUCUGAUAAUUCUCUCCCUCCUCUCACACCACCUCCCUCUUACCAGCUUAGCACCCCUAGGAGGAAAACCAUGCAGAAGCACUCCAAGCCCAAUUUCUUCAACUCCAUUUUCCCCCGAGCUUCUUCGAAAAAAUCAGCCUCGUUUUCACCACCAUCUUCCUUAUCAUACUCAUCAUCGUCGCACUCCUCGUCAUGUUCGCUGCCAUCCACCCCAAAAAAUACUUCCGCCAUCCACUUUGGGCUAGAUGAGGAUGAUGAUCAUGACCACAUGCCCACUUCACCGACUUCAACUUUGUGCUUUGGUGCCGGAAUCAAAUGCGCCGGCCAGUCUGGAAGCGGUCACCAACCAAUGAAGAAUGUGAUGAAGAAGGCGUUCCUGUCCAUUGUUGGCCAUGGUACUAGGGCUUAGAUGAAACACAUGGAAAUUGGAAGUCUGUCCAUUUUCAACACCAUAUAGAGGGAGUGCCGAUUUAUUUAGGUGCAUCUUUGUCAAAAUCUAGGGUGUUAAGAAUGUAUUGUGACAUAUUUGGUUCAUGAUUAAAUGAGUGAAAUAUAUUCACUAUACCAAUUCGGAGUAGAUUAGCGUUGGUCUUUUUUUUUUUUUUUAAAAAAAAUUUUUGGGGAUGAUGUAUUUGGUCCAUGAUUACGUGAGUGAAAUCUAUUCACUCUUCCAAACGGGAUAAGUUUAGCGUUCGCCUUUUUUUUU